UCUCUGUAAAAUAAUAAAAAUCAGUUCGAUCAUUAAGUUCACUCGUGGUUGUUACUGAAGUUAUAGAGUAUACUAAGAAAGAGAUAUGGCGAGCAACUCGAACACAACAGACUUCGAUUCAGUGCAAGCAUUAAAUAUUCUUGCUGUUAAAGCAAAUUACAGUGAUAGAAGCUUUAUGGAAAUUAUUCGUGACUUUCCCACGAUAUACGACAAGCGAACAAACGGUUUUCAUGACAAACGAAAGAAAGCUAACUGCUGGCGACGAAUAGCUGAAUUGCUUGAAACUACAACAGAAGAAGUGGAAAGGAGAUACAAGACUAUUCAUCUCACUUGUAAAAGGCUGGCUGCCCCGUCUUCUUUAAUAAUUUCUUCAGUAAGUUUCCAUCAGAAGCAAAGACAUCACGUAGUUGGUUGCGUCGUCCUUAAUCUCUCAAAAUUUGUUAAGAAAAUUCAGAAACAGUUCAGUCAUGGCGGGGUCAGAGAUACCAUGGAUAGAGGGAGUGGCAAAUAAAGGUAAAGAACUUAUUUUCCCUGGAAGACACGUGCAACAACACGAGUGGAAGCCAGAAUGGAAUCGUGAAUUUCGUAAACACUAUGACUACAUCUCAGAUUACGAAUGUCCUUUCUUUACUCAAAGAAAGACACGAGCCAAUUCUCAGC